CCUGCUCGAACCUUUACUCCCCCUCUCCCUUCACACUCCCCUCAUGUUCUUGUUCAUGCUCAUGUUCUCUCUCUCUCUCUCUCUCUCUCUCUCUCUCUCUCACACACACACACACACACACACACACAGAGAUAUGGAUAGAGAGAUAGAUAAUACUUGUAUAAAGUCUCUGCCUUUGGAGUUGAGCAUGCCUGCUUUCUUUCUUGCUCUUUGGUAGCUGACGCGAAGAAUGAGAGAGGGUUUGCAGGAUGGGCAACUGUGGAACCAGGGAAGAGUCUGCUGUAGCUGCCGCGCACGCCCAAGUUCAGCAACUUCAUAUUUUCCAGCUACCUGUUAAGAGCACACCAUCUGAGAGGAAGCACAACCGCUCUUUCUCAGACUUAAGUGAUCCCUCAACCCCACGAGUCAUCGAAGAUUCAAGGAACAUCUCCAUAUACACCAAUGUGAUUGCUUUCACAUUGUUUGAGCUUGAAACUAUCACAAAGAGUUUUCGGUCAGAUUAUGUUCUUGGUGAAGGAGGCUUCGGAACUGUGUAUAAGGGAUACAUUAAUGAGAAUGUGAGGGUUGGCCUCAAGUCUCUUCCUGUCGCUGUUAAGGUCUUAAACAAGGAUGGACUUCAAGGUCACAGAGAAUGGCUUACGGAGGUUAAUUUUCUAGGACAGCUGAGGCAUCCUAAUCUAGUGAAGCUGAUUGGAUAUUGUUGUGAAGAUGUUCACAGGUUACUUGUUUAUGAAUUCAUGUUCCGAGGCAGCCUUGAGAACCACUUGUUUCGAAAGACAGCUGCUCCAUUAUCUUGGGCGACAAGGAUGAUGAUUGCACUUGGGGCUGCCAAAGGGCUUGCUUUCCUUCAUAAUGCUGAAAGGCCUGUCAUCUACCGAGACUUUAAGACUUCCAAUAUCUUGUUGGACUCUGAUUAUACUGCUAAGCUUUCUGACUUUGGACUUGCAAAAGCUGGCCCUCAGGGAGACGAGACCCAUGUAUCAACAAGGGUGAUGGGAACUUAUGGUUAUGCGGCACCUGAGUAUGUGAUGACAGGUCGUCUGACUGCAAGGAGUGACGUCUACAGUUUUGGUGUUGUACUUCUUGAGCUCUUGACCGGCCGUAAGUCUGUGGACAAGACCCGGCCUAGCAAGGAACAGAGCCUGGUUGAUUGGACACGUCCGAAGCUCAAUGACAAGAAGAAAAUGCUGCAGAUAAUCGACCCCCGGCUUGAAGACCAAUACUCCGUGAGAGCUGCCCAGAAAGCCUGCAGCUUGGCAUACUACUGUCUAAGCCAGAACCCGAAGGCAAGACCCCUCAUGAGUGAUGUUGUGGAGACUCUUGAGCCCUUACAAUGCAGUAGUGCAAGCAAAGGGUCAGCUCAUACACCAAUACUUGACAGCCUCCCCGACUAUCGAAUGCACCGAAGAUUUUCUGGUAAUAACAAUAUGAGUUGUAGGUCUAGUCCUAGCCCAAAAUGCUCCCCUAGUCCGAUCACCCCAUGCAGGGUGUGAUGAAGAAUUAUAGAUUUUGUGGAUGUAUAUUGACAAUCUAGUGAUGCUUGUGUGUCAGGAUUUUUGCUUUUAUCUCUACCAUGACUUCACUGUAAAUGUGGCAGCUUGUAACAGUUUCUAAUUGGCAAAUAUGUCAUAACAGUGCAACCCAAUGCCAAACUGGCUGGGGGGUUUGAUUC